AUGUCUCCCAACGGAGGCAUCUGGGCAGCCGCGGCCCUGCAGGCUCUGCGCCAGAACUUGGCCAGAAGCACGCAGAUGGCCGCGAAGCUGAUUCGCUCCAAACUCGCCGCUGCUCGACAUUCUGCUGCUACGAACGCUCCCGCUCACCUUCAACCCGUCCCCGUUCCCGUCCGCGUCGGUUCUGCCCGCCAGCCUGUCCAUCCUGCUGCCUGGUUGCGCCAGCAGAAGCGUUGGCUCUCCUCGUCUGCCGCCAAGCAACUCAAUGCCGCUGUCCGCCGCUUCCUCUCGACCACCUCCGCCUGCGGCCAGGCCCAGGCCUCCUCUGGCCCGGCCUCCCGCUUCCGCGUCGACCGUGCCGCUGUUCAAGCCUCCUCUGCCACCGCUCGUGCCGUCGCCCAGCUGACCGGGCGUGCUCCCUUCGCCUCGACCCUGCGUCCGAACCUCACUGGUGGCGCCAUCCCCCGCACCGCGGGCGGCUACACUCUUGGAGGUGGCGGCAGCGUCCGUUAUUUCAGCCACACGCCCGCCGCGCCGGCCCAAGUUGUGCAGAACGUCAGCCAGGCCAUGCGUGCGUUCUGGUGCUCCGGCCAGCGUGCUCGGUUCGACGGCUACGGCCCUAACGGCGAGAAGCGCUACACGGCUGUCAGUGCUGCCCAUGACGACGCUCGUCGCAAGAUGGAGCAGUGCUUUGCCUGGCGCGGUAACCAGCCUGGUGCUUUUAUUGAUUUCCAGAUUGCUCCGACCAUCACUGCGUUGAGCCCUCUUGGUGCUGUUGCUGCUGCUCCGGCGAAGGCCAAGAAGGUUAAGAAGAUUCGUGCUUCCUCUGCCCCUGGUUCUGGUUCUCUCGUCUUUGGCACUGCUACCCUGCAUACUGAGGGUUUCCUGGAUGUUCUGUCUGUUGAUUUCGCUCGUGCGUUGCAGGACCUGGCGGCUGUUAUGACGGACCUGAAGGCCCUAUCCACGUUAGGUGAUCUUCCGGUUUCGUUGGAGAAAAAUGGCCGAGUCCUGCGCGUCCGAUUCCCCGGCGUCGAUGCUGAAACGGUCGAGCGGUUAUGCGACGACGUUGGUGUUCGACGCGGGGUCGUGGGCCAGGACCCGGAUUUUGACGACAGCCCUGGAGUCCAGAUGGCGCUAAGGUUCCCGUUCGCACCGGAAGAGCCCUGCGAGAGCAAACUCACGUCUCCUGGAGGAUCUGUACGGUCACGGGAUUCUCAUUCCCUGCUUGAAGAUGCUUUCGUGGUCGAUGAGUUCGAGGACAACCCCUGGCGAUUAACCGAAGUAGAGGAAGAAGAUGAUGAAGAGGGGUAUGAGAGCUUAUCGCCACGGCCGUUGAGCAACUCGGGGCUGCAUUGCUCUGAGGAGUUCGAGGGCCUGGAAGGCAUAGUAGUCCUACUGUCCCCUCCCGCUGCUCAUUAUCAGAAGUCCCGCAUCCGCUCUUUUACCAAGGAAUCACAAUGUCCCCGCAGCCUCUUCUUUGUGUUCCCCGCCCAAAGCAGGCAACAGCAAAAGCCCGAUGGCCAGCUCCAGACCGUCUCCGAACCCUUUUUUCCUCUUAUUACCAUCGAUGAGCUGCCGCCGUGGCUGGAAAUUGUCGGUGUGCCGCGCGAGUUGACUGAGGAGCAGACGAAAGGACUCUGUCAAUAUCGGCAGACUUCCGAGGACUGGCGAAGGGGUAUUACGCUGUGA